AUGAGCUCCCAAAAAUUCCAGUACGCAGAGCUCCCUAAAUAUUCGUAUUACUCCUUUCAAAAGCAAUACCAAACUUUCGAUCGGAACACGUUGGAAUUCUCUUAUUAUCCCGUCGGUUCGAAAGCAAAUGGUCUGACGGGGGGCAAGGUCCAGGACAACAAAAAGCCCAGUGCUACCGAACCAGCGAAAGAACCAGCUCCAGCUGCUGAGGCUAAGACAGAGGAACCCACGAGCUCUCCAGAUGAAAGCCCAGCGACACCAGAGCCUGCAGAAUCCUCCGAGGCGAUUACGCCCCCGGCAGAUGAACAACCUGCUGAAGCCGCGAAUGCAUCAGGCGAAGAUGCAAAAGUGGAAACUGAGGACGCAGCUGGCACCGAUGAAGCUGCUCCAAGCGCAGAGGGCGAAGCCGCCCCAGAUGCAGCCGCUUCGGAGCCCCCUGCAGAGGGUGCAGAACCCGAAAAGGUCGAUGAAAGCGCAGCCCUGGCAGAGACAGAUAGUGCAGCAAAGCCCAGCGAUGAAAAUGGAGGCAAUGACGAAGAUUUUCCAGACGUUGACCCUGAGGCUGGACAUGAUGGAGUAGAAUCGGAGAAAGAAGAAGCGGCAAAGCAAGCCGCUGAAGACGCCGAGGAAGCUCUGUCUCAAGCAGACGACGAGAAGACGGAUGCUCCAGCCGACGAUCCCCCAGCGGGAGACGCUCUAGCCGAACCUGCUCCAGCUGGAGAGGCUGCACCCGAAGCCGCUUCAGAUGAAAGCAAGGCUGAAGAACCUGCAUCACAGGAACAUACGCCUACUGCCGCAGAAGAAGCUCCUGCUGCUGCGGAAGAAACUCCCGCGGAACCCACCGACAAAGCCGAAGAUUCAGGAGACAGCCCUGCCCAGGCCGAGGAGCCAGCUGCAACAGAAGCCCCUCCAGCCCCCGAAGCCGAGUCUGAAGCUGAGAAAGCCGCUCCAGCCGAAACGCCAGAACCCGAGGCGAAAGCCGACGAAGAACCUCCUGCCGAGUCGAGCACUCCUGGAGAGCCGGUGGAGGAACCCGCUGCUUUCACCUCCAAGGCGGCCAAAAAGAACGCCAAGAAGAAGGAGAAGAAGAAUGCCAAGAAGGGCAAAGCUAGUAAAGGAACUGAUACAGAGCCGGAACCUGAACCUGAACCUGCUUCAGAACUGACCCCCGAGCCCGCAGCUGAGCCUGAACCCGAACCUGAGGCCGAUAAGCCUGCUUCCGAUGAUCCUCCAAGCGUGGAGGAGCCCGCUGAACCGGCGCCCGAACUAGCAGCUGAACUCGACGAGAAGCCUGCCGAUGCUGAAGUGAAGCCAGAGGAUGCUGCGGUGGAAUCAACCGAGACCACUGUACCGGCAGAGCCUGAAAGCACUGAACCCGCAGUAGAACCGGAGACUACGCCUACGGAAGAGCCUGCUGCGCCCGAGGCCUCACAGGACGACACGCUAGACGCUACUGCUGCCGACCCGCCUACCGAACCAGCAAAGGAAGAAACCGCCGAGAAACCUGCCGCCACGGAACCAGAAGCAGAAGCCAAGUCUGAGCCUGAGCCUGAGACUGAGCCCGAACCGACAGCAGAAGCACCCGCAGAAGCACCCGCAGAAGCACCCGCAGAAGCACCCACAGAAGCACCGAAGGAAGAAUCUCCUCCCGACGACGCAGCUGCCGAGCCACCUGUUAAAGAAUCAGCACCGGAACCAGCCUCAGAGGAAGCACCUGUGACUGAAGCCCCGGCCUCUGAGCCUGCAGAUCAGCCAGCCGACGGUGCUGCUCCCGCAGAAGCCGUUGAAACCCCAGCUUCAGAAGCCGCUGACGAACCUGUCGCUGAAAAACAACCCGAGGAAGCUCCUGUCGAGACUGUACUGGAAGAAGAAUCUCCUGCGGUUGAAGAGACGCCCGCUGCUCAGGAGGAGUCAGUUGCUGAAGAGGCGCCUGCCGCCAAGGAACCGCCUGCUGCCGCCGAGGAGCCUGCCACGAAGGAGUCUGUUGUUGAAGAGACACCCGCUGCCGAAGAGGCGCCUGCCGCUGUAGAGGAGCCCGCCGAAUCUGCCAAGGCGGAAGAAUCACCUGAAGAGCCUCCUACUGCUGAUGAAGCUGUGGUUGAGCAACCUGUGGCUGAAGAGCCUGCUUCUGAACCUCAAGAAGAGCCUGCUGCCGAAGCGGCCCCUACUGAGGAAUCAACCAAGGAGCUAGCUGUCGAAGAGCCGCCCGCAGAUGACCCGACGCCCGAGGAUCCCCCUAAGGAAGAUCCCCUUCCCGAGGAGACUGCUACUGAAGCUUCUCCAGCUGAAGAACCGAUUUCCGAGGCACCCACAGAGGAAGUUGUCGCUGAACAGCCUGCCCCCGAGGAACCAGCCGCAGAUAUACCGGAGUCCCUAGCAGAAGAGCCCUCAGCCCCUCAACCAGAGUCUGCACCGGCCGAAGCCGUUUCCGAAGCCCCGGUCGAAGAACAUGUCGAACCUGCUGCGGAUGAACCUGAGGCUGCUGCCGCACCGACAGAAGCGUCGCAAGAAGAGGUCAUCCCUGAGCCCGCUCCCGUAGAGGAGGCUCCAGCUGAACCAGCACCUGUCGAAGAAGCUCCUGUCGUCGAGCCUGCUGCCCCUGAGGAGGUUGUUCCAGAAGCUAUAGAAGCGCCGAAGGAGGAGCCUGCCCCCGAAGAGCCUGCCCCUGCUGAGCCUGAACCUACUCUCGAACAGCCUGCCCCCGAAGAAUCUGCUCCUGCUGAGCCUGCACCCGAGGAACCUGCGUCCACGGAGCCCCCCGCUGCUGUUGUAGAAGCUCCUGCCGAGCCAAUCCCUCCAGAGACGCCAGCUGAGGAGCCUGUCGAGCAGCCUGCAGCAGAGGCAGAACAGUCAAAAGAGAUGCCAGUAGAAGAAACUCCUGCUGAACCUGAUUCUGCACCAGAACUUGCGCCCGCUGAGCCAGUGGCCGAACCACCUGUUGAGGAGCCCCCCGAGGAACCAAGAGAGGCGCCGGCUGAACCAGCUGCUCCUGCGGAUGAAGUCGCCGCAGAAGAUGACGCCCCUGCGGAGGUUGUGCCAGAGGAAGCCGAAGAUGUCCCAUUCGCAGAAGCAUCAGAACUGCCAGUGGGAGACUCAGCAGCCCGGCACAACUCCCGUCGACGCAAGAAGCGCCCCGUGAAUGAACGCGAGCGGCGAAACUCCAAAACGUCCUCCGAAGGGCAGAAGAAGGAGCAACUCAAGCGCCAGAAGAGUGAGCGCGGACUAUUCACCAAUCGCUGGGCAAAGGCUCUCGAAGAAGCCCGGAAGCUGCACGAGGAGAAGAAGAGGGCUGAAGCAAACAACCAGCGAAAGCAACAAGCUAUUGCCGAAGACAAGGAGCGCAGUGAUGGUUCCCCAUCGGAAGGCUCUGUGAAGUCCAGGAGUUCUUCCUCAAAGGAGAAGGUGGAGAUUCCAAUAGAAAAAGAACCACCUGUUGUCACUGUGGAGGCAGAGCCCAAAUCCAAACCCAAGCGUCGCUCAUCCGAAGCAGAGCAAAGCAAGUCUGUCAAGACUUCCUCGUCCUCGAAGCAAGCAUCGACCUCUGCGCCCAAGCCUCGGGCGUUCCUAAGAUACAUGAGCAAUGCCCCACCCACCAACACCAACGGGCUCAUCGUGCGACCCAACGGCACUUCCAAGUCUGCUACCGACGCUCCUGAAAAGCCCCGCCGGUCCUCUACGAGUCACAGCCACAGCAGUGGCAAUCAAGAGCGAUCUUCAAAGGAGGAGAAGCGGCCCAGUGGACGGACUGAGAAAACUCACUCCCGACGCGAAGACGAUCCUGCUCGUCAGGAGAGGAGGAGUCGACGCCGCAGCUCCGUUGAAGCCGAAGUCAGCAAGCCCCGAGAACGUGAGAAGAAACCCGAGGGUUCGCGUCGCACCCACCAGAGCAGCAAAGAUAAGGACGGCAAAGACAAGGAGGUUCGUGCCCAUCGCCGGCACAAGCGCGAAGAGUCUCCCCCUCGGGAGCAAUCUAAGCUCAAGGGUUUCUUCAGAGCUAUUGCUGCUCAUUAA